UUGUUUUUCUUCUCUCCUAGGUGUGGACACUGUCAGCGUCUGCAGCCAACUUGGAACGAGCUUGGGGACAAGUACAACAGUGUGGAAGAUUCAUUUAUUUAUGUUGUGAAAGUGGAUUGCACUAAGGAUGCUCCACUGUGUUCCGAAUUUGGUGUCAGAGGAUACCCAACCCUAAAAUUAUUUAGACCAGACCGAGAAACGCUGAAGUAUCAAGGAGGUAGAGACUUUCAGUCACUGGAAAACUGGAUGCUGCAGAAUCUAAAAGAGGAAUCUGUUGAGCAAGAAUCUGAAUCGGAGACUCCAAAAGACCCUGAAUCAAGGCAUGGACUGUAUGAGCUCUCAGCAGCUAAUUUCAAAACACAUAUAGCAGAAGGCAGUCACUUUAUCAAAUUCUUUGCCCCAUGGUGUGGCCACUGCAAGGCAUUGGCUCCAACGUGGGAACAGCUGGCUCUGUUCCUUGAAAAUUCUGAGACUGUCAAGAUUGGCAAGGUGGACUGCACACAGAAUUCUGGAAUCUGCUCGACAUACCAAGUGCGAGGCUAUCCAACCCUCCUUUGGUUCAAAGAUGGAGAAAAGGCUGACCAGUACAAAGGAAAGAGAGACUUGGAUUCCUUGAAGGAAUAUGUGGAUUCCCAGCUGAAAACCUCCGAAGAUGAUUCAGGUGAUGCUAAGCCUACUGAGGCACCACCACCACCACCACCACCACGAGAAAUAAUUCCUGAGGGAGAGGCCAAAGUGCUUUCUCUCUCUGAAGAAGACUUUGAUAAAGAAGUUUCCAAAGGGAUCACCUUCAUCAAGUUCUAUGCUCCAUGGUGUGGUCACUGUAAAAACCUGGCUUCCACUUGGGAGAACCUCUCAAAGAAGACUUUUCCAAGCCGAAUGGAUGUCAAGAUAGCAGAAGUAGACUGCACUGCUGAACGCAAUGUCUGUAACAGAUAUUCUGUGCGUGGCUACCCGACGCUGAUGCUUUUCCGUGGUGGGGAGAAAGUGAGCGAACACACCGGAGCAAGAGAUCUUGAAACACUGCAUAACUUUGUUUUGCGGCAGGCAAGGGACGAACUGUAAAAUGUACCUGUUUGGAUACCACUGCCCUUGGCUGUGUCUGCCCAGUAAACAUGGGAGUUGAAUCAUGAUAAUGUUACCCGUUUUCCAGUAGUGGUUAUUGGGAAACUGAAUGUACUAAAGCGUGGUAUCUUCUGAGCAUGCGUGUGUGUUUCCUACAGCCCUGCUACGCUGGCUCUGGGGGAGGCGUGUAACAAGUAGCCACUUGUUCAGAUUGAGAAUAUUUUCAGUAUCGGUUUGCAUUAAUGAACUUCCUGUGUCGAAAAAGUAAAUUGUCUCUUUGAGACAAAAAUAAGCGAGGAAAGGUUAAAAUGAAAGGUGGUGGAUUAUUUUCAUUUGUGGGUGAAUCAUGUUUGAAGACUUGCAUUCAUGCGGCUCUCAAAAUUGCACGCCGUAACUUUGAUUGUACUGGUAAAUUGCUACCCUUUAAUGCGUCUCAUUCAGCUGCACACUCAGAAGCAGGUUAAAAAGGAAGUUAAAAAAGGAAACGCACACGCACACUUUAGGAAGAUAUUCCUGUCCCGUGUGGGCUGCUUGAUUCCUGCUCUUGAUUUCUCCCAUCAGGAGAGACUGGCAAGGAAGCAUAAUGGUACUCAAUUGUGUCCUUGGUUAUCACUGAAUGAUGCCAUGGGUUAGGUAGUUUUCAUCGGUUCAAAAGCUGUCAGUCCCUUUUAGUCUGCAAAAACAGUUUGGCUCCCUUCAUGCAUAAUCGGCAUUCUUUUAGCGGAUCGGAUAACAAUGCCAAGAUCUGAUUUUAUUUUAUUUUUAAAAAAAUCCCUGCUUGGAAUCAUUAGCAGAAUGAAGAGGUUUUUAGAGGUACAUCAGAGUCUGUGGCUUUAUUAUUCUCUGUUGAGCAAAAUUAAGAGCUGCUGACAAGUCAUCUUCUCUUGUCUUAAAUAUUAUUGCCAGGUACUGUAAGCACUGGAAUCAAACCUCUCUGCAGAAUCUUUCCACUUUUCAUUUAGAGCACAUUCUCACACCUUCCUUAUGUCUGAGUUUAGGAUGCUUUCCAUACAAGGGAUGGGCUGGUGUGGCUGCUGAAAAAACGCAGUAGCCAUACGGCAGGUUUCCCUGCUCCAGCCCGGGCCACCACCCCUUCCCCUGGACUACCACUUUUGCAGAUUUUUUUAAAAAUCAGCACUAGAAUAUUGUCAUUUUGAUAUUACAUUAUACCAAUGUGUGUACCACCAUUUUCUUUUAAAGUAAGCCUGUAGCCCCUUUCAUUGCAGAGAUGCUUUUAUACUUAGGUCUCUGCAAUAGAAGAUACUUGAGACUUUUCUCUUUCAGUGAAAGCUGGGAAUUCAGAGAACCUGGUACACAUAUUGGUAUAACGUUAUAUUGAUAGAAUUAUAUUCUAGUGCUGAUUUUUUAAAAACAAAAUUAAAAGCUAGCAGGGGGAGGACAUGGCUGCUGCAGAGGCAGGGUGUGGGGGAAUGGCUGCCACGUGAGUGGGAAACUGAAAUUCCUCACCUACACAGUAGCCAUCCAGGCUUUACUGCAGUCUUUCCCAAAACUUUGGAGCAAAUCAGAUUCAAGAAAGAUCGGAGAAAAGCCGGGGGGACCCCAGGAGGUGCACAAAAGCAUCACGAUGCUGUAGGAAAGCAGGGGGAAAAACCCACUUCCCAAAACCAUUGCAUUUGGGGCAGAUAACUUGUGCAGAAAUGGCCUAGUGGGGCAUAAUGAAAGUAUUCCAUGUGAGAGUUAGAAUCAAAGCCAAAGAAUCUCAAGUGCAGGUUGUUUCAUGAACAUACAUUGUCAUUUUGGGAAGGAGCUGCCGUUUGUUCACAUACAGAUACUUAUGUGUAGAAAGAUGCUAUUACCAUGUGUCUGA